AUGAAUCUGCUAAUCACGGCAUCUAAUAGCAGUAUUCUCCCUCUCUCCCUCCCACUCCCACAAAUAUGGCCAAUAAAACCAAACCGGACAUCCGUCGGACAAGGAUUGGAUGAUGCCAUCAUGCUUUGCAAACUGACAUCUGAUUCCAUAUACAGCACUACCCCCAUAAUGGCAAGCCUAUUCACAGAAACAACCCCAUCAAGAAUCAAAGACACAAAAGGCCUCCACCUCCUAACAACCUCCACCCCCAACGGCAAAAAAGUCCAAAUCCUCCUCGAAGAACUCAAAGACAUCUACGGAUUACGAUGGACAACAUCCCUAAUCGACCUCGACACCGACGAGCAGAAGCAGCCAUGGUUUCUGGCGUUUAAUCCCAACGGAAAAAUCCCCCUCCUCAUCGACAACAACUCAUCCAGCAACUCAGACCCAAUCCCAGUCAUGGAAUCAGCCGCCGAACUCCUCUACCUCGUAGAAACUUACGACCCGGAUCACCAUUUCCACUUCUCGUCGGCAAUCCACCGAUCCCAGCUCCUCCAGUGGUUGAUCUUCUGGUCUGCGUCGGGUCAGCCGCAGCAGGCGGGGUUGAAUCAUUUUGCUCGGUUCGCGGCGGUGGAGGUUCCUUACGCUGUUGAGAGAUUUAAGGCUGAGACGCUUCGGAUUUACAGCGUGCUGGAAUUGCAUUUGUCCAAUUACUUGGUGGGCGAGGGACGAGGGAAAUACAGCAUCGCGGAUAUUAAUGCGUAUGCGUGGGUGCGGGCGUGGAAGAGAAUGACGAUCACGGAGGAGGAGAUGGAUGGGUUUCCGCUGCUGAGGAAGUGGAUUGAGCGGAUUGGGGAGAGGCCGGCGGUGGUGAGGGGGGUUGGGGAUGGGUAUGAUGAGGAGGUGCAUCCUGAGUUACUACUUACUGCGAAGCAGGGUAGAUAG